AUGUCGGGUUUGUGGAAGGACGAAGAUUUCCAAAAAUGGGCGCUCGACGUGUACACGCUCGACAAGUACGGCAUCAAGAUGCGGACCAACCCCUCGAUGUCGAGAGCAACGGACAUAUCCUCUCACCUCAACACCAAGCACCUCAUCACGCAACUUCGGGCCGAGAUAAACCUCCACAAGGAGGAGGGAGGGAAAAAUGAAAUCCAGAUCAACCACCUCGAGAAGCAGGUCGAGUCAUUGGAGCGGGAGAAGAGCUCGAUGAAAGCUGAGUUGGAGGCCAAGACGGAGGCGUUCGCGCAACUACAGAAAGCGUUUGACGCAUUGAAGAAUACCGCGGCGGCAAGCGCAGCUGCAAAUGUGGGGGAGAGCAAGAGCGUGCCGCAGACGGCGACCGAGGAAGCCACCCCAGAUCCAGAGCAAGCCCAACAAGCAACGCCCUCUCGACAGAGCGUGGGCAGCCAGCUCGACCAGGCGUUCUUCGACGCGGUGGUGUGGCUGUGGUGCAAUUGCGAGACCGUGCGGAAGGCGUGGUCGUACUGGGACGGGGCAAUCCCACUGAACAACGGGCAUAGUCUUCGACAGGCUUACAUGAGGGGCUUCGCCGUCAAGUUCUGCAAGUUCACACCGACUCCACCCCCCGUAACCCCCGAAAAGGAGGCCCAGCCAAAAGAAAAUCCACCAACCGCAAAAGCUAUCGAGACGAAAAUGCGGAAAAUGGAGGCUGUCAUGAAGGCCGUCGAGCAUUUCCGGAUCGACGACAGCAGUGCGGCUACGUCGACGGUCAUCGAAAAGCUGGACUCAAUUGUGAAGGGCCACUCGAUCAACAUGCUUUUGGAGGGCAUCAUUCUCAAGGAGGAUUGUGGGAGGCAGCUCACGGAAAAGCGCAAAGUCGAGUCUGCAGAGGAAAACUGGAAGGACAAACAACGCCUCAGAAUCACUCUGGAGCUCAUUCGCGCCGAGCUCCAAACCGCAGAAUGGGCGGAGAAGGUGUUCAGCAAGGAGAAAUGGAAAGAGUUCACGGCAACAACUGGCGCGCGGCCUAGUUCGACGCGGCCUAGUUCGACGGGCAACCGUGACGAGGGGGGACCCUAA